AUUUUUUCUCAUUAGCGGUCGCAGAUUAUCUAAUCUCGCGGAAAAGUUCAUCGGCUGACCCCCGAUAGGUACAAACAGCGAUAAAAAAACCAUAUAAAACACCCGGAGAAUUUCACAGCUGCAUCACAGUUGGCGAUUAAGACGACAUCAUGAAGUUCCUAGUACUCCUCAGCCUCGUAGCUUACUGCGCAGCAGUACCCAUCGGAUCAGUAUACAGAACCGGUGUAGACUACCCUUACGGCAGGUCUACUGUGUACGACUACCUUAGGCACACCUUCGGCGUCAGCCCAUACCUAGGAGGCCACAGGGGCUACUACGGCACUGGAAUCUACGGAACCGGCAUCUACGAUGACGCUGUCCACCACGGCGUUUCUGACUACUACCUGCCCCACCACAUGUACGGCGACGUCGCCAUGCCCCACCACGUCUACGGAGCCUACUGGCCCCACUCCGGCAUCUACGGAUCUGGAAUUUACGGAGAUGUCCUGAAGCACGGCGUAUACGGAGCUUACGGAAGGUCCGUGGCUGGAGUCGUACCUGAUGUUGUCGCCGACAUCAAGACCGUGAGCGGAGUCUACGAUGACGACACCGAAACCCUGCACCACCAGCAGCUCGUCCAAGAGCAGCAGCUCCAGAUCCAGCAGCAACUGCAGCAACAACAGCUCCAGCAGCAACAGCAGCUCCUUCACGAGGAACAACGUCUGGCCCAGCACCAGCUCUACCAGGAAGAGGAGAACAUGAACAAGCGUCACUUCAUCCAGCACCAGCAGCUGAAGGAGCUGCAAGAGCGCGUCCAGGAGGAGCAGCUGAAGCAGAAGGUGCAGCUGGAUCAGCUCCAGAACCUCCACCACAUCUACCCGCGUCACGGCGGAUUCAUGGAGCAUCUGAUGGGAGGUGUCAGGACUGGACUGCCCAUCGCCGGAGUUUACUAAGCGUUUAUAGAUAUUUAUGAGUUUUUAAAUACAUUACUUUAAAAUCAUA